GUGGUAUUUCAUUUUUGGGUAGCGUCGCAUUGUUGGUAUCGUCCAUGACAGGUCCGGGUAUCGUCACGAUACCGUUACUUUUUCAGAUGGCGGGAUGGUUAAUCCCGGUUAUUACGUUUGUUAUGGCUAUUGUGCUAGGUGCCGCAGCAUCUUUGUUUUUAUGUGAAGCGUUAAGUGCAGUACCCGGUAAUAACAAGUUCCAAAAACAAGUCGAAUUUUCUCACCUUUCAUCGUUAAUUGUAUCGAAUAAACAUCAAAAACGACUCGUUCAGACAGGAUUAUUUAUUUCAAUGCAAUCGAUAAACAUAGCAUCAAUCAUAUUAUCAUCUCAAACGAUGGACUCUUUAGUUAUUUCAAUAAUUGGAAGAACUUGUGGCAUUGGAAUUCAUCCCGAUACCGGAUUCUUUUGCGUAAAUGAACAUAAGGCGGAAGGAAGUCCAUUUGAAGAACGUUAUAUGCUCAUCACCGCCGGUUAUCUGAUUGCACUUUGCAUAACAGUUCCUUUGGGGAUUAUGGACCUCGUGGAAAACAUCAAAGUGCAAAUCAUAUCGCUGAUGACAUUAAUCUUCAUCAUUGUCACGUGGUUAGUGACGUUCGGCAUUCAUGGACUCAACACGGAGCUCGUUCCCAUGGUUGGAUACGACAAAUCUCAAGUGGUUGGAACGGUUUUGUUUAACUACGCGUUCAUCAUGACGGUUCCAAGUUGGGUUAACGAUGUAAACCCAUCAGUUCCCAUUCGAAAGGCCGUUUGGUAUUCCCUAUUAAUAUCGACGGUGAUUUAUCUCUUGCUAGGAAUCAUGGGAGGAAUGGCUUAUAAGAUGGAAUCAACCUCAAACAUUAUUUCCACCAUCAAUGAAUCAAGCGAAAAGUCCGUUGUCAGCGUCAUUACAACCUAUCUAUUUCCGCUGGCCGUAUUGAUUACGAGCAUCCCAGUUUACACCAUCAUUAUUCGAUAUAAUCUGAUGAGAGCUGGUUAUUGCGGAAAAGUUAUGGCGAAUCUACUAUCGUGCGCGUUACCUUGGGUAAUCAUCAUCCCUUUCCAAACUGGAUUUUGGUUGAACGCGUUCAUGAAUUGGACCAGAUCAGAUUUGAGAAAUGAUCCGGAUAUCAUAAAAGUUGAAACAUGCGACGAAAAGCACGUCAUGGAAACGGAGAGGAAGAAAUCAGUCAUGUCGCCUUCCCCUAAUGAAAAUCAUCUUUUACCUCCUCAAUUACUUGAAAAUAAUCCCAUACGAAAGGAAUCUCACGAAUCCAUUCGUUCUAGUUUCUCCAUACGAACUUAUCAUUCAAGUACCAAAGUCAGUCCAAGAAUUAGUCCCAAGGUUAGUCCAAGGAUCAUGCCGGAAAAUCAUCCAGAAGAAAAUUAUUUCGAUAUGGUGAUGACGACUUCAGCGCAACAUGAGCUCGAGACACGGGAAUAUAAUCAUCAUGUUCCUUCACCAAAUUUUCUUGAUAUCCCAACACCGCAACUGGUCUUACAUGGAAAUCGUGAUUCCCCUUGUUCAACUCCUGGUGGAAUUCGUUCACACAACGCCAUGACCGCCGGCUUAACGAUAUAUCAUCAAUCCAUUGAGAAACAACAUUUAUCGGCCCCACCCUCUUUAAUCUCACGUAAUAGUUUGAAACGGGGAAGAUCUACACAAAGGCAUGUAGUCGCCCCGAUAAUCACCCUGAAUAAUAAUAGUCAAUUGGAUUCGAAUGUAGAUCCGCUGGAUCUUCAUUUUCGCCAGAGGUUUCGUCACCACCAUCAACCCUCGCUUAUCUCUAGUGACGACAAUCAUAAUAAUCAGAAGGGUAACUUUGACCUAUUUAAAGCGUUUCCUUGGAUCUCGGACAUCAACGGAGUGAAGAUGGCGAUUGGACUUGGGGCUCUCUCCAUCAUGUUAAUUGGUGGCGUGAUAGCUUAUGAUUUUAUUUUAUUGGCAACCGGAACAAAUAUGUUCGGUAUACACCGUAAUACGUCAUGA